AUGUGUCGUCAUAAUGUUGAAACAAUCAAUAUUCAUAAAAUUGCGAAUUAUUUACAUCGUCGGUGUCCAUUACUGAAAAUAUUAGCUUUACGUAUUGAUAUGCGAGGACAUAUGCUUCGUGAUUCUUCUAUCGGUAGUUUUAAACAAAUUACAGAAAUGCAUUCUCUUUUCAAUUAUGUUGAAAAAUGGGACCCACGUCUAGCUAUUAGUUCACAUGUUUUAAUCGUAUCAAUUCUUGUCAUAUUAGAAGUUUAUUAUCAAUAUGGUCAAUGUGCUGUAACUGCAAAAUAUUCAAAGACAAAUAUGAAAUUAACUCAUCGAAUAAUGGAUAUGUUAGAUGAUUUAUCAAUUAUUUAUUGGCCUGAUUGUCAAUCAUUAUUAAAUGUUUUAAGAAAUGAAACAUAUAACAUAUGGGAUCAAGAUGUUGAUUUAUCAAUUGAAUGGCCAUUUAAAUCUAAUCAUAACCAUUCGAAAUUAAAUAAUAUUCAACUUUUCAUUGAAACAUUUCAAAACAAUGAUUUUAAUGUUGAAUAUUAUCCAGAUAGAAAAUUAUUUUCAUUAUCAUCUGUAAAUGAAAAAUCUGCACGACAACCACAUGUUGAUAUCUGGUUAUGGAAACGUUACGGUGAACAUGAAAUAAAACCAGUUUUACAAUUAUUUGAUUCUAGUCUUAAAUAUCAAUCAAGAUUAAUUUCAGAUAUUUAUCCAUUAAAAUCUGUUAAAUGGUUAGGCAGAAAUGUUAAAAUACCAAGACAAUCACAUAAAAUUGCAUAUAAAGAAUAUGGAAUAUCGUAUAUGAAACCGAUUUUCAUACGAAAUAAUUGUCUUCAUAAUUUAAUUGAUGGUCGAUGGUUUUAUAAUGCAUAG